AUGGAAGCGUUCCAGCAUCAGCUUCUCACUCUUAUUGGGGGUCUGAUCUGUUUGUAUGCUCUGGUAAAAUGCAUCAGAUUUAUGAAAUAUGUUUUCCCACAUAUCUGGAGUGCUUUGCCUCAGACUUUUUUUCGGUCGCUGGGAGAAUGGGCAGUGGUCACAGGAGCAGGAGAUGGGCUUGGAAAAGCGUAUUCCUUUGAGCUGGCAAAACGUGGAUUAAAUAUAGUUAUGAUAAGCAGAACUCUUGAAAAACUGCAGAGAGUAGCCUCUGAAGUUGAGCAGGCCACAGGUCAAAAGGUGAAGGUUAUACAAGCUGAUUUCACCAAAAAUUCAGUGUACGAGAACAUAGAAAAAAAUCUACAAGGUUUGGAUAUUGGUGUUCUGGUUAACAAUGUUGGAAUGCUUCAUAAUCCUCUUCCAUGCCGUUUCCUUAAUGGACCAGACAUAGAUGAGAACCUCAUCAACUGCAAUGUUAUUUCUGUUACAAAGAUGACAAAAAUAAUUUUGAAACAAAUGGAACCAAGACAAAAAGGUCUUAUUCUGAAUCUGUCCUCUGGUCUGGGUACUUUCCCUUGUCCAUUGUACACAAUGUACUCAGCUUCUAAGGCUUUUAUAAGCACUUUCUCCAAAGCACUACGAGCAGAGUAUAAGGCAAAGGGAAUUAUCAUACAGGUAGUGGCUCCUUAUGGUGUUUCUACUCCAAUGACAAUGUACCAAAAACCCGGACUUAUUACAAAGACAGCAGAAGAGUUUGUUAGUGAAUCACUGGAUUAUGUCACCUUUGGAGAUGAGAUCUUUGGAUGUUUGGCCCAUGAAAUGCUGGCUUGUGUCCUGCAGUUUGUCCCAUUAUGGGUGUUCCACAGCGACAGACUUCAAGAAGCAGUCCUGCAUGCAUUUACCAGUUAUCUGAAGAAGAGGUGGAGGAACCCCUAA